GUCUAAUCACAAUCGCGGGACCACGAAGCAAACCAAGGAAGACCUAAUUAUGAUGGCUGAAUUCGAGUUCAAAUCACAAUAUCAUUGCUUAAAGACAAGCGGCCUUUCGGCAGUGGAGAGCCGGAGGAAAUAUCUCAUGAAUCGCAGCGAUACGCUUGGUCGAAUACAGUCCAAUAAGGUUUGCCUCUUUUGCCUUGUCCAUAACGCGCAACAUUCCCAGGCCUGUUACCACGGGCUGUGUGAUAAAUGCGCUCAGCUAUUUGGAACGCCGGCUUCGAACUUGGAAUACCAAUUUACUAUCUCCUUUUGUCCGCUCUGUUUUUCUCAGUCGCCAUUGACAAUCAAUAUUUUACCACCAACCAUGAAUCCCAGUAUUCUUGCUAUCGACGGAGGCGGUGUACGUGGAGGAAUACCGCUCGAAUUUCUUCUUCUGAUUCAGGAACAUCUCGGCCCGAAAUGUGGAGUAGCUGAUGUGAUAGACUUAACGGUGGGUCCUAGUGCUGGUGGGCUGAUCAGUAUGGGGCUUAUAGCAAUGGACUGGCCCGUGUCCACAUGCUCAGAAGUCUUUGAUCGACUCGCCCAGCGUAUUUUUCGCGAACGCCGUCAGCCCGCGCUUAAUCGAGCAUUACAAUUGGUCCUGGGCAGGGGUUCAUUCCUGGAGAUUAUACCAAAGUGGGUCUCAUGGAUUAUGCGUGACAGCUGUUACGACGCUGCUAUCUUUGACGCCACUCUCCAAGAAGUGUUUGGGCGGACCCGUCGAGCAUUCCAGCCGCUCGGACAGGGUUCCCCUCUCCAUUCAUACUCCAAGUCUAAAUUCGCAGCAAUCGCGACGAGUAUUGGUAAGGAUACUAAGUCAUUUGUGUUCGGAAAUUUCAAUCCUGUCGAGUGGUCAGCUAAGGAAGACGAUUACAUACUUUACCGAUCGGCUCAGAUGCACGAGGAGCCGUUAUUGUGGGAGGUGUAA